UCUGUCCACUAAACCUCCAGAUUUGAUUCCGAAAAAUGGCAGGAUCCUCGAGAAACAACAAACAGAGGAAGAAGGCUGACCUCGCCACGAUCCUCCGCAAGUCGUGGUACCAUUUGCGUCUCUCCGUGCGCCAUCCCACCAGGGUCCCCACUUGGGAUGCGAUCCUCCUCACUGCCGCCAGUCCCGAGCAGGCCGAGCUCUACGACUGGCAGCUCCGUAGAGCCAAGCGUAUGGGACGUAUAGCUGACUCCACCGUCACUUUGGCCGUUCCUGAUCCAGACGGCAAGCGGAUCGGCUCCGGCGCUGCCACUCUUAACGCCAUCUACGCUCUCGCUCUGCAUUAUCAGAAAUUAGGGUUCGAUCCCAUUGCUUCAGAGGAGGAAGUUGCAAAUGGUAGGUGUGCUCAGUCCUCUCCCAUGUCUUGGGUUAGAUUCCUCUCUGAGAAGCAUGUGUUGAUGCUUCAUGCUGGAGGUGACUCCAAGAGAGUGCCUUGGGCUAAUCCCAUGGGCAAAGUCUUCCUCCCACUUCCUUUUCUUGCUUCCGAUGAUCCUGAUGGCCCUGUUCCUCUCCUUUUUGAUCACAUUCUUGCUCUCGCUUCAUCUGCAAGGCACGCCUUCGGUGAUCAAGGUGGAUUGUUCAUUAUGACCGGGGAUGUCCUUCCAUGUUUCGAUGCUUUUAAAAUGACUCUCCCUGAAGACUCGGCCUCCAUUGUUACUGUGCCCAUCACUCUUGAUAUUGCUUCCAACCACGGUGUCAUCGUCACAUCCACAUCCGAGUCUCUUGCCGAAGGGUUUACUGUCAGUUUAGUGAAUGAUCUUCUCCAGAAGCCUACAGUAGAGGAGCUUGUCAAGAAAGAUGCAAUUUUGCAUGACGGACAGACGCUCCUCGACACUGGGAUCAUAUCUGCGAGGGGCAGAGCAUGGUUGGAUCUGGUCGCUCUUGGAUGCUCCUGCCAACCGAUGAUCUCAGAGCUUUUAGGCUGUAAAAAAGAGAUGAGUUUGUAUGAAGAUCUGGUGGCUGCUUGGGUUCCCUCAAGGCAUGAUUGGCUACGAACCCGACCUUUAGGAGAUCACCUUGUCAACAGUCUAGGGAGGCAAAAGAUGUACAGCUAUUGCACGUAUGAUUUGCAGUUUUUACAUUUUGGAACAUCAAGUGAGGUACUGGACCACUUGAGCGGAGAUGCUUCAGGAAUCGUAGGUCGAAGGCACUUAUGUUCCAUCCCCGCAACUACGGUUUCCGAUAUUGCAGCCUCUUGUGCCAUCUUGUCUAGUGAAAUUGCGCCUGGUGUCUCCAUUGGUGAAGACUCGCUUAUAUAUGAUUCAACAGUCUCUGGUGCUGUACAAAUCGGUUCCCAGUCCGUAGUUGUUGGCAUUCACAUCCCAAGUGAAGCUCCAGAGAGUUUCAGGUUCAUGCUUCCGGACAGGCAUUGUCUCUGGGAGGUCCCGUUGGUGGGACACAAGGAGAGAGUCAUUGUCUACUGUGGUCUCCACGAUAAUCCAAAGAACUCGAUUCACAAAGACGCAACUUUCUGCGGUAAACCGUUAGAGAAAGUACUCUGUGAUCUUGGCAUCGAGGAAAGUGACCUCUGGAACUUCAAAGCAUCAUCACAAGAGAGAUGUUUGUGGAAUGCUAAAAUGUUCCCCAUUCUCACAUACAGUGAAAUGCUGAAGCUAGCGUCGUGGCUGAUGGGUUUAGAUGAUGGGAGAAGCAAGGAGAAGAUAGCCUUGUGGAGAAGCGCAAAACGUGUGAGCUUAGAAGAGCUGCACGGAUCGAUAAACUUCCCUGAGAUGUGCAGUGGCUCCAGCAAUCAUCAAGCUGAUCUCGCGGCGGGAAUCGCUAAAGCGUGUGUGAACUAUGGUAUGCUUGGGAGGAAUUUGUCUCAACUCUGCCAUGAGAUUUUACAGAAAGAGUCACUAGGAUUGGAGAUAUGCAAGAAGUUUCUGGAUCAAUGUCCCAAAUUUCAGGAACAAAACUCUAGAAUUCUUCCAAAGAGUCGUGCAUAUCAGGUGGAAGUUGAUCUUCUGAGAGCAUGUGGGGAUGAGGCAAAGGCGAUAGAGUUGGAACAUAAAGUCUGGGAAGCAAUUGCGGAAGAAACUGCUUCAGCUGUGAGAUAUGGUUUUAGAGAACAUCUCUUGGAAUCAAGCGGCAAGCCUCCUUCUGAGAAGAAUCAUAUCUCUCUUUCUCAACCAAGAAGGACGAAAGUUGAACUACCAGUUCGUGUAGACUUUGUAGGAGGUUGGAGUGAUACACCUCCAUGGAGUUUAGAGCGUGCGGGCUGCGUCCUCAACAUGGCAAUAACCUUAGAAGGCUCACUUCCCAUCGGCACAAUCAUCGAGACAACGAAUGAGAAGAGUGGAAUCUCAAUCCAAGACGACGCUGGAAACGCUCUACACAUCGAAGAUCCAAGAACCAUCAAGACACCCUUUGAAGUUAACGAUCCAUUCAGGCUUGUUAAAUCUGCUCUGUUGGUAACCGGCAUUGUUCAAGAACACUCCACAAGGUUAGCAAUAAAGACGUGGGCUAAUGUUCCUCGUGGCAGCGGUCUAGGAACCUCUAGCAUCCUAGCUGCAGCUGUUGUGAAAGGACUUUUGCAGAUAUCUGAUGGAGAUGAAAGCAAUGAGAAUGUUGCGAGGCUCGUCUUGGUUCUGGAGCAGCUCAUGGGUACUGGAGGUGGCUGGCAAGAUCAGAUAGGUGGAUUAUACCCAGGGAUCAAAUUCACUUCAAGCUUUCCUGGAAUCCCUCUGCGUCUUCAAGUUGUUCCUUUACUCGCAUCUCCACAGCUGAUCUCAGAGUUGCAGCAACGCCUCCUCGUUGUUUUCACUGGUCAAGUCAGGCUAGCUCACCAAGUCCUACACAAGGUUGUAACAAGGUAUCUACAAAGAGAUAACCUCUUGAUAUCAAGCAUAAAGCGUUUGACCGAGCUGGCGAAAGCCGGGAGAGAAGCGUUGAUGAACUGUGAAGUGGAUGAGCUUGGGGAGAUAAUGUCAGAGGCUUGGAGAUUGCAUCAAGAGCUUGAUCCGUAUUGCAGCAAUGAGUUUGUGGACAGGCUAUUUGCGUUUUCGCAGCCUUAUAGCUCAGGUUUCAAGCUUGUGGGUGCAGGGGGUGGAGGAUUCUCGCUUAUAUUGGCUAAGGACGCAGAGAAGGCUAAGGAGUUGAGGCAGAGAUUGGAAGAGCAUCCGGAGUUUGAUGUCAAAAUUUAUGAUUGGAGUAUCUCUCUCUAAUACUACUAAUAGCGUGUGAUCUUUUGCCUUGUUUUUCUACUUUUAUAAAGCCUUUGUAAUUUUAUUUUUACUGGAACUUUGGAAAGAAUAAAAGAAAUGUAAACAAACAUCCUUUGCUUCA